AUGGCAAUACCCUCGACUCCUACAACACUCCUCUUACAAUCACCCUUUCAAGAACGCAAACCAACACGAAGCAACAUGGUCAAUUCAUCCUCUUACAUUUCUCCAUCCGACUCUGCGUCCUCUUCUAGUUCAUUCUCCGACGUUGAUCAACAAGAGGUCAACAUGACACCUUCUGAAGUAUCCCUUGAUGAUGAUCGACGAACUUGCUUUUGCGGUCAAAUCAUCACAAUGGAAGAAGGAGAAGAAGAAGAAGUUGGAAUUUAUUGUUCGACAAAAUGUGCAAGACAAGAUGCAAUGGCAGCUUUAACAGGCGCUCCUUCUACUCCCGAUAGAUCUCAAAUUCGAUCUGAGCCAAUCAUUCCCGCUCAUAGCAAUCUUUCAAGAAAGGCAAUCAUUAAACAUUCUUACAAUUCAAGUAUCGCAUUACAACAAAAGACCAUGACUUCAACGCAUUACAGGCGAAUGGAAGCAAUGGAAACAAAAGAUGAUUAUCCGAUUGAAGCCAUUGAAGAAGCAUUUUUGACACCAUCUUCAGGUUCAACGUCUUUGUACGAUUCAUGUGAACAUGAUGAAAAAGUUCAAGGCGUGAUCACAUCCCACGUUCAACCUUCUUUUGCUUUACAAAGAUGGAUGAAAGAUAAUGGCUUGCAACUCAAUGCUGAAAAGAUGCAAAUGUAUGAAAAGGAUGACAUUGCACGUCAAAGCAGUGAAAUUGAUGUUUCUCAUCAUCCUCUUCAAAAUACACAAAAGCGCACAGUUUCACUUCCCGCUUCUCCUUCUUUGGAUUCGGAUGAUGAAGAAACACAAGAUCAACGUAAACGUCAAGCUAAGAUCGAACAAGAGAUCCGAGAAAUUGAUGUUGAACUUAAACAAAGACUUGAACAAUUGGAUAAAGAUCAAGCUGAAAUCUCUUUGCACAACACCAAACCAAUCGGAAUCUUUGAAGAAGAAGAAGACGUUUUGAUGCAAUUCACUUCUCCAAAAUUGGAUUAUGAAGCACCUUUGGGAUGGCGAAGAGGAUCAAAAGUUUAUUCGAGUAACUUUUUAGGUUUACAACUUUCUUCAGAUGAGGAAGACUUAUCUUCUCAUGGAUCAAAUGAAGCACUCGAUCAUUCUUCUCAUCACCUUUCACGAAUCGAACGUCUCCAUGAAGCUCUUGGAAUGGCUAUCAUUGACGAAGAUGUUGAACAAGCCGAUGACAUCAAACAAGCCCAAUCCACUUCACCUGAAAUUCAUCAGGAAUCUUCCCGCAUUCCAAGUGCAUUGGACAUGGCGAAAGACUUAGCAUUCAUGCAAGCAACUUGGAAUGCUCGUCAGCAUGUUCGUCAACUUUCUACCACUUCCAUUGGUGAAAUGCCUCAACAAAGGAAAUCAAAAGUGAAAAAGUCAACAAAUCAACCUUCUAUUUCAAACAAACGUUCUUUGACAAACUUUUUCCAACGAAGACCUUCACAAAAUAAUUUCGAAACAGGUAUUUCGAGUAAUUCAUUCAACAAGGUGGACCGUUUAACAAAAAGUACUUCACCACGCUUCGCUGCCUUGAAACCGAUUCCCGCAAAAUAA